AGUACCUUUUCCCUCUCCGGGACCUGGCUUCGGCACCUGAGAGGAGCCCUGGGUGGAGAACGUGGGGUGGGGGGGGGGGCCGGGGCAGGAGGUGCGCGCGGCCCCGGAGCGAGUGCAACAGACAGGGCUAUUCCCAGGAGACUGCGGCCCCGGGGAAUGAGCGGGCAGGGGGUGUCCCGGGAGUAGCGUAAAGUCGGAGUGGAUUGACCAGCAGGCCCGGAGGGUCCGAGCCAGGAGCGGAGCCUGCACCCUCCACCACUCGGUCUUCGGGAAAUAAUCAGAACUGAGGCAGGAGCUGCUGCCGCUCACCCCGUGUCUUCCGGCCACUUCCCUCUUUGCUGCCCCUCCCCAUAGGCUCCCCCUCUCUACCUCCUGGGGACCAUCAUGAAUGGUGCCCCUUCCCAGGAGGAUGGGGCUUCCCCCUCCCCGCCCCCGGUGCCGCCACCCCCUCCCCCGAGUUGGCGGGAGUUCUGCGAGUCCCACGCUCGGGCUGCUGCCCUGGAUUUUGCCCGCCGUUUCCGCCUCUACCUGGCCUCCCAUCCCCAGUAUGCAGGGCCUGGGGCUGAGGCUGCCUUCUCCCGCCGGUUUGCCGAGCUCUUCCUGCAGCACUUUGAAGCUGAGGUGGCCCGGGCCUCUGGCUCCCUCUCACCGCCCAUCCUUGCUCCCUUGAGUCCUGGAGUGGAGCUCCCACCACAUGACCUGUCCCUUGACAGCUGCAGGGUGGGCGGGCCCCUGGCCGUGCUGGGACCUUCUCGAUCAUCUGAGGACCUGGCCUGCCCCAUGCCUUCCUCAGUCUCGUCGUCUUCUGCGACCUCUUCGAAGCCGAAGCUCAAGAAACGCUUCUCCCUCCGCUCCAUGGGCCGCUCCGUGCGAGGCUCGGUCCGUGGCAUCCUGCAGUGGCGGGGAACCGUUGACCCGCCCUCCCCGGCUGGGCCCCUGGAGACCUCAUCAGGCCCCCCAGUCUUAGGUGGAAACAGCAACUCUAAUUCGUCUGGGGGUGCUGGGACCGUUGGUAGGGGACUGGCCAGUGACGGAACGUCCCCUGGGGAAAGAUGGACUCACCGUUUUGAGAGGCUGAGACUAAGUCGGGGAGGGGGCACCUUGAAGGAUGGUGCAGGGAUAGUGCAGAGGGAAGAGGUGCUGAGUUUCAUGGGGGCUGAAGAAGCAGCCCCCGACCCAGCUGGAGUGGGCCGGGGAGGCGGGGCAGCCGGGCCUACCUCGGGGGGAGGAGGGCAACCUCAGUGGCAAAAGUGUCGCCUGCUGCUGCGAAGCGAAGGAGGAGGAGGAGGAGGAAGUCGCCUGGAGUUCUUUGUACCACCCAAGGCAUCUCGGCCCCGACUCAGCAUUCCCUGCUCAACCAUCACGGAUGUCCGGACAACCACAGCCCUGGAGAUGCCGGACCGGGAGAACACGUUUGUGGUUAAGGUGGAAGGGCCCUCAGAGUAUAUCCUCGAGACAGCUGAUGCUCUACGCGUGAAGGCCUGGGUGUCUGACCUCCAAGAAUGCCUGAGCCCAGGUCCCUGCCCUGCUACCAGUCCCCGCCCCAUGACCCUCCCUCUGGUCCCUGGAAGCUCCUUCCUGAUGAGGGAGAACACAGACAGCCUGGAGCCGCCCUGCCUGAGCCACUCAGAGAGCCUGCCCAGCCAGGACCUGCCGCUGGGUCCCAGCGAGAGCAACGACCGCCUGUCUCAGGGGGCGUAUGGGGGCCUCUCAGACCGCCCCUCAGCAUCCAUCUCCCCCAGUUCUGCCUCCAUUGCCGCCUCCCAUUUUGACUCCAUGGAGCUACUCCCCCCAGAGCUGCCCCCCCGCAUCCCCAUUGAAGAGGGACCCCCACCAGGAUCAGUUCAUCCCCUCUCAGCCCCUUACCCUCCCCUGGACACUCCGGAAACAGCCACAGGGUCGUUCCUGUUCCAGGGGGAGCCGGAGGGGGGUGAGGGGGACCAGCCCCUCUCGGGAUAUCCUUGGUUCCAUGGGACGCUCUCUCGACUCAAGGCUGCCCAGUUAGUGCUGGCAGGAGGUACUGGCUCCCAUGGUGUGUUCCUGGUACGGCAGAGUGAAACGAGGCGGGGUGAAUACGUCCUCACUUUCAACUUCCAGGGCAAGGCCAAGCACCUGCGUCUGUCGCUGAACGAGGAGGGCCAGUGCCGGGUCCAGCACCUGUGGUUCCAGUCCAUUUUCGAUAUGCUCGAGCAUUUCCAGGUGCACCCCAUCCCUCUGGAGUCUGGAGGCUCCAGUGACGUUGUCCUUGUCAGCUAUGUGGUAUCCUCCCAGCGGCAGCAGGGCCGGGAGCAGGCCGGGAGCCAUGCGGGGGUGUGCGAGGCAGACGGAUGCCACCCCGAUGCCUCCUCCACCCUCAUGCCCUUCGGAGCGAGUGACUGUGUAAUCGAACACCUCCCGUGACCCACCCCAGCCCUCUGAUCCCCCUUCAUGGACAGAUCCCCCACAUCCUGGGGCAGAAGAGGCGUCGGGGGCGCCAGAAGUGGCGGCAGCAACAGCCCCAGCAGCCAAAGAGAGGAAAGAGAAAGAGAAAGCGGGCAGUGGA